CAAGUCUUGCUCUCCGAGUUCAACGUUCCAUGCAAACAGUUUGUCGUGUGUCAGUCUCUGUACUUUGACUAGCUUUUUUCUUUCUUUCAAAUUAAGGAAUACGAAAUCAAAAGUUCGAAGUGCACAUAAACUUCCAGUCAUUUAAACAGGUGUUAUAUAUCAAUACAGAUAUUGGUUACUAUACGAUAACAAUGACGACAGAAGCCUUAUUACAGAGGGCAAAUAUAGAAUCAGUGUCCACCUGUAGCCAGUCUGUAUCUGCAAGCACACUGUGGACAGUACAGUCCGAGACUGGUAACAGCUCUGACCAAACAAUAACUGCACAUAGAUCUGAAAAUCAAGCGACCAAUGAAAAUCCUGCUAAGAACACAAACCCACCAUGGAUCACCCGUCGACAGCUGAUAAUCAUCCUCAUCAUAAACUUCUCUGUUCUUAGUGAAGCCAGUUGUUACUCUAUUCUAGCUCCUUUCUUCCCGCAAAUGGCUGAAAGGAAAAAUUUAACACCGACACAGUACGGGUUUGUCUUCGGAAUUUUCCAUCUCGUCCUUCUUGUCUCAUCGCCUAUCAUACCUAAAUUGGUUUCCUUUAUAAAUGCGAAGUUUUUAGUCAACUCAGGGAUAUUUUUCGCUGGAGGGUGUUCUAUUUUGUUUGGUAUUCUGGAUCGAUCUCCUCCUGGAACAACGUUUCUUGUCUUAUCUCUCGUCGUAAGAAUAUUAGAGGCGUUUGGAACAGCCGCCAUGUUCAUUAUAAGUUACACCAUUGUUGGAAGUGAGUUUACCAAACAUCGGGCAACUGCUCUU